GAAAGGAAUCGCUCGUUGUGUGCGUGAGGGCGCGGAGUUCCCUGUCCCGGUGCUGAAAGAAAAAGAGGUGAAGCUAUAAAGUGAGUAGUGUGUAAAGUGAGCAAGAGCGACAGACGCCUCUACUCAGGCACAGGCCACCUGAAUCCAACACUGCCGUGCUUCCUUCAAGUACUAGCAAGCAGCAAUGGCUUCCAACGACAGUACCGGCAUACUGAGUUCUGCUUACAUUGCUGCUGAAUACAUAGACACACUCUUACCCGACAAUCCAUUGCAACCGCCUUUUAAGUAUGCCUGGACCUACAUGAUCGAUAAUUACACAAAGUUUCAGAUUGCAACCUGGGGGUCCCUGCUGGUCCAUGAAUUAAUCUACUUCCUCUUCUGUCUGCCUGGCUUUAUUUUCCAGUUUUUACCUUUCAUGCAAAAGUAUAAAAUACAGCAGGAUAAACCAGAGACAUGGGAAAGUCAGUGGAGAUGCUUCAAAAUGCUCCUAUUUAAUCAUUUCUGCAUUCAGUUCCCUUUAAUUUUCGGCACUUUUCAUUUUACGGAAUAUUUUAACAUUCCCUAUGACUGGGAAUCAAUGCCACGAUGGUAUAUUCUGUGUGCCCAGUGUUUCGGAUGUGCAGUGAUUGAAGAUGCUUGGCACUAUUUCCUUCACAGAAUCCUGCACCACAAACGGAUAUACAAAUAUAUUCACAAAGUGCACCAUGAGUUCACGUCCCCUUUUGGGAUGCAAGCUGAAUAUGCCCAUCCACUGGAAACCCUUAUACUUGGGGCUGGCUUUUUCAUUGGAAUCAUGGUGUUCUGCAAUCACGUUGUUCUCAUGUGGGCAUGGGUGAUGGUUAGACUGCUGGAAACCAUAGAUGUUCACAGUGGCUACGACAUUCCUCUGAAUCCCUUGCACCUAUUCCCAUUUUAUGCCGGAGCACGUUUCCAUGAUUUUCAUCACAUGAACUUCGUUGGUAACUACGCCUCAACAUUCACAUGGUGGGACAAAAUCCUCAGCACAGACUCACAAUACAACAACUACAUGGAUAAAGUCAAGGCAAAACCAGAAAAGAAGACAAAAUAAAUCAGCUCUUCAUUUUCUUUUCUACCGGAUCACCAAUCUCAGCCAAUUCUAUUCUAUCACAGAUGGAAGCAGAGCCUUUUUAUGGACAAAGACUUGUAUGUAGCUUGUCUGUGACGGUAAAUAAUUGUGGAUAUUACCCACAGAUCCAAUAACUGUUGGCCCGCAAACCCAUUGUUCAGCUCCGCUUUGGACAUGGGAAGCAAGGAAGAUGGUAUAAAAACUACUUUUACACAACUGAAAUAUUUUUACAAGAUGAUGAUAAGAAGCAAAGCAAACCAGACGUCAGACCAGAGGAAUUGUCCUUAACAGCACAGUACUCAUUAUGAGAUGUAGUAUAUUUUUUACACAUGCAUAUAUUUUAAUUAUUUAACAAGUUUAAUUGGUCUUUACAAGACUUGAGCCUCUGACUUUAAUAUUAAAUGUGGCAAUCACAGAUCUAAACGGUACAGUUUGAUUGCAUAUGGUUCAGGGGUUGUUUGCACUUUUAAUAUGUUUUUUUAGACAUAGGCUGGUGGCACCUGUGGCAUUUUCCUGAUGGCUAAAAGGUAUCAUGCAUGGCCUUCUGUCAUUAGUGGCACUUUUCAGCUGGGAAACCCUCUAGUGAGUGGCUAGAAAAGUACCACAUGUGCCAUAACUCUUACACUACUAAGAUCAUCAUGGUAGAUGGAUCAGCCAAGCUGAUGUGUUGCUUUGUGGACACCUCUGCCUUACUGCAACAUGUAUGUAAGAAAAGGGAGUGGGUUACUUGCAGGUCUAGACUGGGAUUAAAAAUAGGCCCUGGCUCAUCAAGUACACAGAGGCCCAAACAGCCCCCACCAGCCCAAUAAAUAGUGACUGUCUAUGGCUUAUGGCUUACAGCAGCCCCUCUGGCAUUUGCUAGAAUCCACAAAUUGCCAGUCUGGCCAGGUUUCUUGCUUUAGACACUUGCUAUACUAAACAGUUUAGCACUUACAUGUCAUCCUCAGCGUUGUUUUCAGAGUUCUAUUUUUGUUGUUGCAAGUUUUUCUUUUGUUAUGCUGAAAUAAAUAUGAUUUUAACCACAA